AUGUCUUUCUACACCGAAAUCGGAGGCCAUCCCAAACAGCCAUGCAUCAGGCUACUCAAGCUUUUCCAGGCGAAAAAUAUAAACGAUCCGAUCAAAUGCCGCCUAGACGUUUUCGAACUGGGCGAGCACCUGCCGCCGUAUGAGGCUUUAUCCUAUUGUUGGGGUGGUAACGAUCAGCGUCGUGAAAUCAGCUGCAAUGGCGAAUGUUUUAAAACCACCGAGAAUCUCUUCCUUGCGAUGGCGCACCUUCGAAAUGACAAUGCCGACCGGUUACUCUGGAUUGAUGCCAUUUGCAUCAACCAAGCUAAUCUCGAGGAACGCAAGUCUCAGGUUCUCCUAAUGGGAAAGAUUUACAGUGAAGCCACUAAAGUGGUUGUUUGGUUAGGGUCAAAUCCAGGCUCUGAUGGCGUUAACCAUGUGUUCGAACUCGUGGAGAAGUAUCCAAAAUUCCAAAGGGUGAAGGCAAGUCGCCAGAUGAAGCUUUUUAUGGAUAUGAACUUUCCUAGGUCAAACGCCUGGGAUUUUGCAACCGACGGAUCGAAGGAAAUUGGAAGCCCUUGCGAACAUGAAGUCGCGCAGCCACCUGUUCUUUCUCUCCAGGUCAUGAAAGGCAUCACUUCCGUAAUGCGACGAGAGCUGAACCUGUCCCGGGAAGCCGUUUUCAUGUGCGGCAAUCUGUCAGCUCCGUGGAGUGCAUUCAACGCCGCAUUGAGAAUGGCCUUCAUGGCAUACUUCCGACAGGAGAAUCAUAACCUUGUGAACGAAGACUCGGACUUCCGCCUAGAAGCAGCCACUGCUAUUGCCUGUUCACGUCUGCUUACCGGCCGACCGAGGGAAGAAGACUUUGGAGGGCCCAGAGAGCUCGGUGACCUACUCAUCAGUUACAGAUGGUUGGCAGCCACAGACAAAAGGGACAAGAUAUGCGGACUCUUGCCUUUGGCUGAGUCAACAUAUGGUAUCGAACCAAACUACGAAGUCUCGACGACAAUUUGUUAUAUACGUGCGGCUUUCGCCAUUCUACGCGGGAGUCGUACCUUGGACCUUUUCCGAGCCUUGCGAAGACCAACUUGCCUUGGCAACGCGAUGACUGGCCUUCCUUCGUGGGUUCCUGACUGGAGCGAUGACUUUUCUAACAUUCCGGAAAAGGACAAUAAAACGUUUCCGACAUUUAGGCCGAUGGCAUGUGAAAUAAUGGUUGAAUUUCUUUCGCUGGCGGCGGGCCCGGACAUUUCGUAUCCUCGGUUCCAAGCAUCAGGGCGAACUACGAGUUCACCGCGACUUCGGAACCAGGGUAGGACGUUGGUCCUCAAAGGCUUUAUCCUAGACAAAUUGAGCGUUGUGGGAGGUAACAUGCGAUAUCCGCACCCGGGGCCUGGCGAACCGAUUGAAGGAUUUUGCAAAGAAAAACUGAGACUGAUGAGAAAUGACUUGGAGAUAGUCAUUGGACUCGGAGAGCUCUGGAGCACGUUGAAGGGCUGGAAGGAGCUUGCUUUUGGCUGUGAAGACUUCCAAAAAGGGUCUGAGGAAACGCGAGAGGACGCUUUUCUGACGACGAUCUGCAAAGACCAGAUCUCUAUUAACAUUGAUCGGAAAGGUUUCCUUAGCCAAACUCGCACGUGCAUGAAAUUCUUGCUCGAUGAUUCAAAGACAGAUGCGACGCUGAAGAAGCUUGGCCUUCAAAACAUAAGUCCACGUUGGUAUUACUGGGCGAUUGGAAAGGCAUAUGAUCACAGGAUGGAUAUGGACAACCAUAUGUCAUGGCUCACAGCUCUUUUCCAUUUACGGUGGGCAGUCGACCAGCGGAUGGCGAGGACAAAGAGUGGAUACCUCGCGAUAAUUCCCGAGUCUAGCAAAGUAGAGGACCAUAUUGUACUCCUCAAAGGCGGUAAAACCCCUUAUGUACUGCGCAAGGUCGGGGAGCAGUGGAAGAUUCUUGGGGACUGUUAUGUUCAUGGAGUUAUGUUUGGUGAGUCUUGGAACGAGGCAAGUUGUCAUGAGAUAGAACUUAUCUAA